AUGAGCGGCAGCGGGCGGCCCAGAACUAGCUCGUUUGCUGAGCCACAAGGUAAUCUCGGAGCCGCUGCAGCAUCCACCGGAUCAGCCGCUGCGGUGGGGAGCAGCACAGGAAAGACCGGGGUCCAGCAGGCCUCGGGGAGCAGUUCGUCUGGAUGCUCAAAUUUAAAGCUGGCCAGUAAGUUCAUUAUGAUGUGUUUUAUGAAAAAUAUUGCCUUGGAUGAUUAAAAUACACAUAUUGUAGCUACAUCCCAGUGUCCAAUGUUGUAGCUAAUGUGGGCAGUUUUGCACGAUUACCACGGCAAACAUUGUUGUUGUAACGUUAGUUUGGAAAAGCUAGUUAGCUAACGUUAGUUGGCUAGUUAACUGCCUUGAUUAACUGUCGUUGGCUAAACGGUUAACUUGUCAAUUAACAAGCUAGUUACUGUAACUUGCUAACCCACGCCGAAAACCAAGUCAUUCGCGUUAACUAGUUAGUUAGCUUGCUAGGUCUAGGUUAGUUAUACUGAACAAAAAUAUAAAUGUAACAAUUUCAAAGAUUUUACUAAGUUGCAGUUAAUAUGAUUGAGGAAAUGUCAAUUGACAAAUUCGAUAGGCCCUAAUCUAUGGAUUUCACAUGACUGGGAAUACAGAUAUGCAUCUGUUGGUCACAUAAAAAAAAUGGAUGUCAUGGUAUUUCUGUGCAUUCAAAUUGCCAUGGAUAAAAUGUAAUUGUGUUCGUUGUCCGUAACUUAUGCCUUCCCAUACCAUAACCCCACCGCCACCAUGGGGCACUCUGUUCACAUUGACAUCAGCAAACUGCUCGCCCACACGACGCCAUACACGUGGUCUGCGGAUGUGAGGCCGGUUGGACAUACUGCCAAAUUCUCUAAAACGAAUUUGGAGGCGGUUAUAGCAGAUCAAUUAACUAUAAAUUGUCUAGCAACAGCUCUGGUGGCCAUUCCAGCAGUCAGAAUGCCAAUUGCACGCUCCCUCAAAACCAAAGACAUCUGUGGCGUUGUGUGACCACUGCACAUUGGCCUUUUAUUGUCCCCAGCACAAGAUGCACCUGUGUAAUGAUUAUGCUGUUUAAUCUGUUUCAUGAUAUGCCACACCUGUCAGGUGAAAGGAGAAAUGCUCACUAACAGGGAUGUAAACACAUUUAGUACUCAAUUUGAAGGAGAUGAGCUUUUUGUGUGUAUGAAACAUUUCUGGGAUGUUUUAUUUCAGUUCAUGAAACACUGGACCAACACUUUACAUGUUGCGUUUAUAUUUUUGUUCAGUGUAUAUUAGCAUGACAGCUAAUUAAUGACCUCACGGUACUGUAACUAGCUAGUCAAGUUGACUUGCUAGCUAACUAGCUAGUUACAUAAAUAUAAAGAAAGCAUAAGCAAUGCAAACAACCUUAGCUACGUGUACUAAGACAUGCUAGCUAACUUGUAAGCAGCAGCUAGAGCAGAUGGAUAGCUAGCAUCUAAGAUGGGUUUAAGAUGGCUAGGUACUAACGUUAGCUAAUUUACAAGGGGAUUCGAUUUAGUUAGCUAACAUAGCUACAGUAGCUAGCUAACGCUAGUUACACCAUUUUUAUAUUAUAACAAGCAAACGAGUCAGUGAUAACUAGCUAACUAGUUCAAACAACAAUUAACUUUACCUAACGAGCUAGCUAUUUGACACUACAAACCCCAGGCUAACGUUAAUGUCACAGACUUGGUAGGUGUAGGCUAGCUAGGUAGCCUAAUUGUUCAUAACAGUUGACAACUAAGCUAGCCAGAUAACUAGCUUUGUGCUUUCCAACACAGAUUAAUGUUAAGAGCACCCUUACCUACAGUUCAAAUUAGGUCGAUAGUGGAGACUUAUCUAUCCAAUAGCCCAGAUAAGUAACCAGCCUAGAAAGAUCUCUAGUUAUGCGUUGACUGUUAACAGGUGAUACAGAACUUGAUAAAAAGUGAGGAAACAUGUAACCCCUAGCCAACUGUAUAAUAUAUUAUGAGCUAAUAAUUCUCCAAGAAGUAGGCUAGUAGAUAUACAGAAGAAAGUUGACAAGCUGAAAUACUUGCUUACAUAGCACAUCAACAACUUCCUUGUGUCCUUUGCAAAUGUUUUUGUUUCAUAGAGCAUGCUUCCACUUUGCGCCUUGUAGUGCACAUUGGAAUUGGAUGGCUUUAUCCACCACGAUGAUCCACGUUUGUCAUGCAGAGUACAUUUUGUUGGCUGCGGAUCCGACUUUUCCCAGACCUCCUUCCCCCUGAAAAGGUCCUGAAGCUUCUGCUUAUGUGCAGAUCACGCUCUGCACAUGUUUCUUUACUGCACACAUUUGUGGUCCCCUUGACAUUUCUCACUGUCAAUGGUGAAUGAUAAUUCUUCAAGUUUUACUGGUGAAACGUCAGUAUACAUUAGUUAUAGUGUUGUUUGAAGUAGCCUACAGUGUUGUUUUGAGUGAUGUACAGUGAAUGAAUUUUAGGGUAGAUGGCGUUAACAAACUGUAGCAUAGCCUACCUGUGUAUUUUGCUUAGUGGCGGGCGCCCGCUGUUGAGUUUUGGCAGCAUGAGAGAAAUAUGGUGGUGUUUUUGUCUUACAGUAACGUCAUACUAUGCUAUUAUAUUCGGUUCUGUUAGGUAGAAUACUAUCAUUAUGUGGUCUUGUAGACAUUGAUUCAGCUUUUAUCCAUCUUUAUUAAAUGACCACCAUUCGCCAAAGUAGCCUGUUCUCUACGGAUAGAGCAGAGACUGUGCGUAAAGCAGAUAAUAAACACAUGCGCAGAACCUUUGGGAUCUUUAGUCCGGGGGGGAAAAGUUCUGGGAAAAGUUUGAUCCGCAGCCACAUCGUAUUAUAUUUGAUAAUGAAAGUUGGAGCUCAAACCUCAUGGUAUAAUUCAAUCUUGGUGAAACAUUGAGCAAAGAUGUGGACAGCAGGACAUGCUGAUGCUUUUGAAAUGGUGAAGUGGCAUUCCAAAAGUUGACAGGUCUCCUUUUUUGUCAAUUUGUUAAUGCUUCAUGUGGGACAUUGACACCUGUGAAGUCAUUAUAACAUUUCUGUGGUUUGUAUUUGACACUAGCAAGAAUAUAGGCUACUAGUCUAGCCAUGGAUUGCGUUUCACUAAAUUAACCUAAGUCACAUUUUGUCUCAGAUCUCUGGUAUCUAUGGCGCAAGUUCGCAGGUCCAUAAAUUCAACAAUUUCUUUAAAAACAACAACUCCCUCUAUUUCUGCACGUCCAGGUGUUUCAAUUCCACAACCCUCAUGUCAUUCUGCAGGAGCACACUGUGUAUUAUGUCUCAUCACCAUGGUGAUUGUGCGCACACACGCACGCACACACACACACAUCAUUUGUUUGUGGGAGGCUUUGUGAUAUGAGCGGAGUUAGAGCAGGGUCAUUCUCAGUGCUAAGGUCUCCAGUUCAACCAGCCAUCUGGCCCUGUCCUGUCCUCAUACAGGGAAUUAACCUCACAUGAAGCAGGCCUGCCUCAGAACUCUGACCCAGGCCACCAAACACACAGUUGUUUGAGGUGGCCUGGACUUAACUGUUGUUUGAGUUCAAGUGUAUUAGAUGAGAUCGUUGAUGGGCCUAUUGGAUGAUCGCAAGUCUUGUGUUCCUUAGGUCAAAUGAUGUUCAAAAGAGCACAAAAUAGCCCUGGAAUAGUGAUAUUGGAUCUUACAGUAAAGCAUGAAUUUGGUUCGUCUUCCGACAAAGCAGGCGGCUACUGUAGUGAUUGCACAAACACAAGAGGUAGUUAAUAACACGAGCCCUGGGUCCACUAAUGUGACCCACAUUAGGUCUACAUUCCUUCAAAAGACCAUGGUUCCUAAUAACUGUAGAAAUUAACCAUAUAUUAGAAACAAUGUCCUUGGUCAUGUUCAUUAUGUCACACGUAGCAAAACAGCUUUUCUUAGAGUUAAGAUAAUAGGCCUACCUCCCUGUUUCACUCAAGUUUUGGGCCGUUUUCUUCGGUUUCGUACCUACUGAACACAACCCUCUUAGUCUCUCUAUUUAAAAUCUGAAAAUCUCAAUUUCACAUCUGAAAAGAGGACUAUUUCUUUGACAUGACUUGUUUCCCAGGGGACAGUGGAAAGGUGACUACGGUGGUGGCCACAUCUGGGCAGGGUCCCGACCGCCCACAGGAGGUGUCCUACACGGACAUCAAGGUGAUCGGGAAUGGCUCUUUCGGUGUGGUGUACCAGGCGCGCCUCAUCGACAGCCAGGAGAUGGUGGCCAUAAAGAAGGUGCUGCAGGAUAAGAGAUUCAAGGUAUGGCGGCCAGUCUCUUGGAGACAUACAGCCUUGUUGUCACCCAGAGUCACAUUUGUUUAUGGCACAUAAUUUACAGUGCAUUCGGAAAGUAUUCAGACCCCUUCCCCUUUUCCACAUUUUGUUACGUUACAGCCUUAUUCUAAAAUUGAUUAAAUUAUUAAUUUUUCUCAUCAAUUUAUACACAAUACCCCAUAAUGACAAAUGAAAACAGGUUUUUAGAUUUUUUUAUUUAUUAAAAAUGAAAAACAGAAAUACCUUAUUUACAUAAGUAUUCAGACCCUUUGCUAUGAGACUCUAAAGUGAGCUCAGGUGCAUCCUGUUUCCAUUGACCAUCCUUGAGAUGUUUCUACAACUUGAUUGGAGUCCACCUGUUGUAAAUUCAAUUGAUUGGACAUGAUUUGGAAAGGCACACACCUGUCUAUAUAAGGUCCCACAGUUGACAGUGCAUGUCAGAGCAAAAACUAAGCCAUAAGGUCUGUAGAGUUCCCGAGACAGGAUUGUGUCGAGCAUUGAAGGUCCCCAAGAACAUAGUGGCCUCCAUCAUCUCCAUCAUUCUUAAAUGGAAGAAGUUUGGAACCACCAAGACUCUUCCUAGAGCUGGCCGCCCGGCCAAACUGAGCAGUUAGGGGAAGAAGGGCCUUGGUCAGGGAGUUGACCAAGAAUCCGAUGGUCACUCUGACAGAGCUCCAGAGUUCCUCUGUGGAGAUGGGAGAACCUUCCAGAAGGACAAUCAUCUCUGCAGCACUCCACCAAUCAGGCCUUUAUGGUAGAGUGGCCAGACGGAAGCCACUCCUCAGUAAAAGGUACAUGACAGCCCGCUUGGAGUUUGCCAAAAGGCAUUUAAAGGACUCUCAGACCAUUAGAAACAAGAUUCUCUGGUCUGAUGAAACCAAGAUUGAACUCUUUGGCCUGAAUACCAAGCGUCACGUCUGGAGGAAUCCUUGCACCAUCCCUACAGUGAAGCAUGGUGGUGGCAGCAUCAUGCUGUGGGGAUAUUUUUCAGCGGCAGGGACUGGGAGACUAGUCAAGAUCGAGGGAAGGAUGAAUGGAUCAAAGUACAGAGAGAUCCUUGAUGAAAACCUGCUCCAGAGCGCUCAAGACCUGAAAAUAGCUGCGGAGAAGAAUGGUAGAAACUCCCCAAAUACAGGUGUGACAAGCUUUUUUUUAUUUGUAUACAUUUACAAAAAUGUAUAAACCAGUUUUUGCUUUGUCAUUAUGGGGUAUUAUGUGUAGAUUGAUGAGGGGGUUAUAAUUUAAUGCAGUUAAGAAUAAGGCUGUAACGUAACAAUGUGGAAAUAGUCAAGGUGGACUGAACAAAAAUAUAAACGCAACAUGCAACAAUUUUAAAGAUUUGACUGAGUUAACAAAGCCUACCAUCAGUAACACACUACGCCGCCAGGGACUCAAAUCCUGCAGUGCCAGACGUGUCCCCCUGCUUAAGCCAGUACAUGUCCGGGCCCGUCUGAAGUUUGCUAGAGUGCAUUUGGAAGAUCCAGAAGAGGAUUGGGAGAAUGUCAUAUGGUCAGAUGACACCAAAAUAUAACUUUUUGGUAAAAACUCAACUCGUCGUGUUUGGAGGACAAAGAAUGCUGAGUUGCAUCCAAAGAACACCAUACCUACUGUGAAGCAUGGAGGUGGAAACAUCAUGCUUUGGGGCUGUUUUUCUAGAUUUUUAGUGAAAACCGCCUUCCAUCAGCAAGGGCAUUGAAGAUGAAACGUGGCUGGGUCUUUCAGCAUGACAAUGAUCCCAAACACACCGCCCGGGCAACGAAGGAGUGGCUUCGUAAGAAGCAUAUCAAGGUCCUGGAGUGGCCUAGCCAGUCUCCAGAUCUCAACCCCAUAGAAAAUCUUUGGAGGGAGUUGAAAGUCCGUGUUGCCCAGCGACAGCCCCAAAACAUCACUGCUCUAGAGGAGAUCUGCAUAGAGGAAUGGGCCAAAAUACCAGCAACAGUGUGUGAAAACCUUGUGAAGACUUACAGAAAACGUUUGACCUGUGUCAUUGCCAACAAAGGGUAUAUAACAAAGUAUUGAGGAACUUUUGUUAUUGACCAAAUACUUAUUUUCCACCAUAAUUUGCAAAAAAAUUACAGGCAUCAUCUUUUUAAGUGGGAGAACUUGCACAAUUGGUGGCUGACUAAAUACUUUUUUUCCCCACUGUAUGUAUGUAUGUAUGUAUAUACAGUUGAAGUCAGAAGUUUACAUACACUUAGGAGUCAUUAAAACUCAUUUUUCAACCACUCCACAAAUUUCUUGUUAACAAACUAUAGUUUUGGCAACUCGGGUAGGACAUCUACUUUGUGCAUGACACAAGUAAGUUUUCCAACAAUUGUUUACAGACAGAUUAUUUCACUUAUAAUUCACUGUAUCACAAUUCCAGUGGGUCAGAAGUUUACAUACACUAAGUUGACUGUGCCUUUAAACAGCUUGGAAAAUUCCAGAAAAUGAUGUCAUGGCUUUAGAAGCUUGGAGGUGUACCUGUGGAUGUAUUUCAAGGCCUACCUUCAAACUCAGUGCCUCUUUGCUUGACAUCAUGGGAAAAUGAAAAUAAGUCAGCCAAGACCUGAGAAAAAAAAUGGUAGACCUCCACAAGUCUGGUUCAUCCUUGGCAGCAAUUUCCAAAUGCCUGAAGGUACCACGUUCAUCUGUACAAACAAUUUUGGCCCAUUCCUCCUGACAGAGCUGGUGUAACAAACUCAGGUUUGUAGGCCUCCUUGCUCGCACACGCUUUUUCAUUUCUGCCCAAAAAUGUUCUAUAGGAUUGAGGUCAAGGCUUUGUGAUAGCCACUCCAAUACCUUGACUUUGUUGUCCUUAAGCCAUUUUGCCACAACUUUGGAAGUAUGCUUGGGGUCAUUGUCCAUUUGGAAGACCCAUUUGCGACCAAUCUUUAACUUCCUGACUGAUGUCUUGAGAUGUUGCUUCAAUAUAUCCACAUAAUUUUCCUUCCUCAUGAUGCCAUUUAUUUUGUGAGGUGCACCAGUCCCUCCUGCAUCAAAGCACCCCAACAGCAUGAUGCUGCCACCCCCGUGCUUCACGGUUGGGAUGGUGUUCUUCGGAUAUAGAUACUUUUGUACCUGUUUCCUCCAUCAUCUUCACAAGGUCAUUUGCUGUUGUUCUGAGAUUGAUUUGCACUUUUCGCACCAAAGUACGUUCAUCUCUAGGAGACAGAACGCGUCUCCUUCCUGAGCGGUAUGACGGCUGCGUGGUCCCAUGGUGUUUAUACUUGCAUACUAUUGUUUGUUCAGCUGAAUGUGGUACCUUCAGGCAUUUUGAAAUUGCUCCCAAGGAUGAACCAGACUUGUGGAGGUCUACCAUUUAUUUCCUGAGGUCUUGGCUGAAUUAUUUUGAUUUUCCCAUGAUGUCAAGCAAAGAGGCACUGAGUUUGAAGGUAGGCUUUGAAAUACAUCCACAGGUACACCUCCAAUUGACUCAAAUGAUGUAAAUUAGCCUAUCAGAAGCUUCUAAAGCCAUGACAUCAUUUUCUGGAAUUUGUUUAAAGGCACAGUCAACUUAGUGUAUGUAAACUUCUGACCCACUGGAAUUGUGAUACAGUGAAUUAUAAGUGAAAUAAUCUGUCUGUAAACAAUUGUUGGAAAAAUUACUUGUGUCAUGCACAAAGUAGAUGUCAUAACCGACUUGCCAAAAUUAUAGUUUGUUAACAAGAAAUGUGUGGAGUGGUUGAAAAACGAGUUUUAAUGACUCACCUAAGUGUAUGUAAACUUCCGACUUCAACUAUAUAUAUAUAUAUAUAUGUUGAAGUGUAUAUAUACAGUGGGGAGAACAAGUAUUUAAUACACUGCCGAUUUUGCAGGUUUUCCUACUUACAAAGCAUGUAGAGGUCUGUAAUUUUUAUCAUAGGUACACUUCAACUGUGAGAGACAGAAUCUAAAACAAAAAUCCAGAAAAUCACAUUGUCAAUGGGCUGUGCGAAGUGCUCGAUAUUGGCGGGAACUGAAUAUGCUGUCAUACACUUAGAUCCAGAGCAUCCCAAACAUGCUCAAUGGGUGACAUGUCGGGUGAGUAUGCAGGCCAUGGAAGAACUGGGACAUUUUCAGCGUCCAGGAAUUGUGUACAGAUCUUUGCGACAUGGGGCCGUGCAUUAUCAUGCUGAAACAUGAUGAUAUGGCGGCAGAUGAAUGGCCACAACAAUGGGCCUCAGGAUCUCGUCACGAUAUCUCUGUGCAUUGAAAUUGCCAUCAAUAAAAUGCAAUUGUAUUCAUUGUCUGUAGCAUAUGCCUGCCCAUAACAUAACCCCACCCCCACCAUGGGGAACUGUGUUCACAAUGAUGACAUAUGCAAACCGCUCGCCCACACAACGUCAUACACGUGGUCUGCGGUUGUGAGGCCAAAUUCUCUAAAACUGUUGGAGGCAGCUUAUGAUAGAGAAAUUAACAUUAAAUUCUCUGGCAACAACUCUGGUGGACAUUCCUGCAGUCAGGACAUAGUCCAUUGCAACGCUCGCAUCAAUACUUGAGACUCUGGCAUGAUGAUCAAACUUCACAUUAGAAUGGCCUGUGUAAAUAUAUGUGUUUAAUAAAUGUUCUUGUAUGCCUCACCUGUAAUCUGUUUGUCUUACUGAAGGAGAAUGCUCACUAACAGGAUAUAACAAUGUGUGCAAAUUUUAGAGAAAUAAGCUUUUCGUGAUGGAACAUUGUAGUUAUUCUAUUUCCACAUGAACAUUGACCACUUAACAUGUUGCAUUUAUUUUUUCAGGUUACACACGGGGAAAAGAAUCUAUACAACACCAUGUCAGUUCUCCAUUAAAAGAAAAAAAUUUGGCCCAUUCCCAUGACAAAAUUUGAUCACCUACCAACCAGUAAAUUCCAGCUCUCACAGACCUGUUAGUUUUUCUUUAAGAAGCCCUCCUGUUCUCCACUCAUUACAAGAUUUGGGGAUGCUUUUCUGCAAAGGGGACAGGACGACUGCACCGUAUUGAGGGGAGGAUGGAUGGGGCCAUGUAUCGUGAGAUCUUGGCCAACAACCUCCUUCCCUCAGUAAGAGCAUUGAAGAUGGGUCGUGGCUGGGUCUUCCAGCAUGACAACGACCCCAAACACACAGCCAGGGCAACUAAGGAGUGGCUCCCUAAGAAGCAUCUCAAGGUCCUGGAUUGGCCUAGCCAGUGUCCAGACCUGAACCCAAUAGAAAAUCUUUGGACGGAGCUGAAAGUCCCGAAACCUGAAGGAUCUGGAGAAGGUCUGUAUGGAGGAGUGGGCCAAAAUCCCUGCUGCAGUGUGUGCAAACCUGGUCAAGACCUACAGGAAACGUAUGAUCUCUGUAAUUGCAAACAAAGGUUUCUGUACCAAAUAUUAAGUUCUGCUUUUCUGAUGUAUCAAAUACUUAUGUCAUGCAAUAAAAGUCAAAUGAAUUACUUAAAAAUCAUACAAUGUGAUUUUCUGGAUUUUUGUUUUAGAUUCCGUCUCUCACAGUUGAAGUUUACCUAUGAUAAAGUGGUCCUCUGUAGCUCAGCUGGUAGAGCACGGCGCAUGUAACGCCAAGGUAGUGGGUUCGAUCCCCGGGACCACACAUACACAAAAAUUUAUGCACGCAUGACUGUAAGUCGCUUUGGAUAAAAGCGUCUGCUAAAUGGCAUAUUAUUAUUAUUAUAAAAAUUACAGACCUCUUCAUGCUUUGUAAGUAGGAAAACCUGCAAAAUCGGCAGUGUAUCAAAAACUUGUUCUCCCCACUGUAUAUGGUCCAUUAAAAAAGCAGCUAUAUAUAUAGCUUCUUUUUUAAUGGGCCAUAGUAUCGUGAUACUGUAUCAUGAGACCAUCAUAAUAGUUAUGAUGAAUAUCCAUUUUUAGAUUGGUCUCGUAAAUUCCCAUAAUAAUGUUGUUUUUCUGAAUACAGGACGCACCUUUGUAAUUUUACAGGGAACAUUUCCAUAUGACCUUGUGGGAGAAUUUGUAUUGUAGCCUACAUUUUUCUGUGACAGAAAUGUGCAAUUUGUCUUACUUACUGAACAAACACAUAUCACAUGCAUUGAAAAGAUCAAUGCACUUUCAGGGCAAUCAGAAACCCUUGACAUUUUCCAUUGUUCAAUUCCAAAACAGUUCUUUGUUUAAUACCUUUCCUAUGCAGAACCGAGAGCUACAGAUUAUGCGAAAGUUGGACCACUGCAAUAUCGUGAGGCUACGCUACUUCUUCUACUCUAGUGGUGAAAAGGUAGGUUGCCAUCCAUUGUUUUUGGCACACCUUAAUGCAGAAAUGAAAAUGCUGAGGACCUGAAUGGUCUGUUUCCUCUUCAUAUGAGUCAUUUUUCCCACUACAAAGUUUAUUACAUUUGUAAAGAGCUUUUCAUUAUACAAGAAUAAUCUGAGUACAUAUUGAGUUAUGACGAGUGUAGUCAUUUAGCAUAUAGUGAUUUUCAGUUGUCUUCCCCCUAUACAGAAGGACGAGGUGUUUCUCAACCUGGUGCUGGACUUUGUCCCAGAGACUGUGUACAGGGUGGCCCGGCAUUUCAACAAGGCCAAAAGCAUCAUUCCUAUAAUUUACGUCAAGGUAAACUCCCUCACCCUCCCUUUCACUUUCUCUCUUUCAUUGUCCAACUUUUGCUUGCCCCAGUGUCUUUUCUUUGUACUUUGAUUGUCUAGUAUGUCAUUCAACUAUGAACCAUACAUUUAUUUUUUACUCUCCCAGACAGGCUUGGCAUUGACACAAAAUAACCCCCCACUUAUUGAUUUGUUUAUGGUUCUAAUUGGUCUACGUCGGCCAUUUUUGGUCUCCUCAGGUGUACAUGUACCAGCUGUUUCGCAGCCUGGCCUAUAUCCAUUCCCAGGGUGUCUGCCACCGAGACAUCAAACCCCAGAACCUGCUAGUGGACCCUGAAACUGCCAUCCUAAAGCUCUGUGACUUUGGGAGGUAAGCUGGUCAGGUAUUUCCCAUUUCCCUCGACACAGACAUUGUGUUUAAUAUACUAUUGAACCGAUAUGACUGACUGGUACCGAGUAUUGAAGUAAACCUGGGUCAUAUGUGUCCUGACUGAAUGUGUUGAAUAAAUGGGCUCAACCAGACACAAUGUGAAAUGGAUCUAUGCCCUUCCUUGAAUGGGGUUCUGUAACACUGAUCCAGUUGUCCUUAGUUACAAUCUCCUACUCACACCCUUUUCAUUGUGUAUUUUGCCCGUAGUACAUCCAUUGCUGUUACUGUGCAGACACAGGGCUGCUUUCUAUAGAAAGUAUACACUGAACUUCUUAAUUGUAAAUCAAUAAGUAUAAAUCUCAUGAAGAUAUUUACUUCAGCAUUAAAAAAGAAUUUACACUGAUGAGACGUGUGAGCCCCACCCCUCAUUCAUCGGUUUAUCAAGCGCUGUAUACAACAGUUUCCACCAAAUGUCAAAGGGUAGUGUGGUCAGGUGGUCUCAAGGAGACGCCAAAGAGUCAGGUAUAAUCCCAUACCACAUGGUUAGACCUGCAUGGCUCAGGAUUAGCCUCUACUGCUGAGCAUCUACUGCUUAUCUUACCAGUGAAAACUGUUGCAGUGGUUAGAGAUGGAAGUAUUGUAAGAAGACUGUAUUAGCAUAACCUAGACUUGGCUUAGAAGACUGUAGUAGCUUAAGCUAGUUUUAUUUUAGAAAACAAAAAUCUGUAACAAACAGAGUGGACUGCGUUUUGUAGACUUUACCCUUUGCCAAAGUUUCCCCCAAAACGGUGUUGUUUAGAAGGAGUGUUUAGGGCGAAAUGAGUUAUUGCAGACACGCACUUCACAGAGUAAGUGUUCCCUAACGCAAAUAUGCAAAUAAAUGCUCGAAAACACCAAUAGGAUCUCACUAGCUCGUGCUUGGCUCUGCCCACCUCCUUCCUUGUUCUUCCCACUAUGAUUAAUUUGCUCCCACUGGAAACGACAGGCUCUGGUCUAUCUUGGGUUAGUUAUACAAAUCUUUGGUAUUAACCUAACCUAGACUUAGCUUGGAGGACUGUAUUAGCCUAACCUAGACUUGGCUUGGAGGACUGUAUUAGCCUAACCUAGACUUAGCUUAGAAGACUGUAUUAGCCUAACCUAGACUUAGCUUGGAGGCCUGAAUUAGCAUAACCUAGACUUAGCUUGGAGGACUCUAUUAGCCUAACCUAGACUUUGCUUAGAGGACUCUAUUAGCCUAACCUAGACUUAGCUUGGAGGACUGUAUUAGCAUAACCUAGACUUAGCUUGGAGGACUGUAUUAGCCUAACCUAGACUUAGCUUGGAGGACUGUAUUAGCCUAACCUAGACUUAGCUUGGAGGACUGUAUUAGCAUAACCUAGACUUAGCUUGGAGGACUCUAUUAGCCUAACCUAGACUUAGCUUAGAAGACUGUAUUAACCUAGACUUAGCUUGGAGGACUGUAUUAGCCUAACCUAGACUUAGCUUGGAGGACUAUAUUAGCCUAACCUAGACUUCGCUUGGAGGACUGUAUUAGCCUAACCUAGACUUAGCUUAGAAGACUGUAUUAACCUAGACUUAGCUUAGAAGACUGUAUUAGUCUAACCUUCAACCUCUGCGGUUUACCCCUACCAUCAGCGCUAAGCAGCUGAUUCGUGGGGAGCCCAAUGUGUCGUACAUCUGCUCGCGGUACUACCGCGCCCCAGAGCUCAUCUUCGGCGCCACCGACUACACGGCCAACAUCGACAUCUGGUCGGCGGGCUGCGUGUUGGCCGAACUGCUACUGGGACAGCCCAUCUUCCCUGGGGACAGUGGAGUGGACCAGCUAGUGGAGAUCAUCAAGGUGAGUAAAUAGGAAGAAUGUCUGUUUGUAUAUGGUUUACACUACAGGGACAAAAUACCUGACAUUCUGAUUGCAUACAAACAUUAGGAGGACAUUUGGCUUAUGAGGAUAUUUUGUGUGAGUGGUGGGGGAAAGCUAGGGGAGUAAUAAUCAGUGACGUGGAGAAAAACAAAAUAACAACCAUUGUACACUGCUAACUGUAUACUUGUAUGUCUGCUACUUAGGUUUUGGGAACUCCGACGCGGGAACAGAUCCGAGAAAUGAACCCCAACUACACAGAGUUCAAAUUCCCCCAAAUCAAAGCACAUCCCUGGUCAAAGGUAAAUGGUUAUCAAAAACAUUUUGUUAUAUUUUUGGCUUUCAAGUAAUGUCUUUCUUUUUUAUGAAACUGUUUCAUGUUGUGUGUACUUGUACCUCCUCUCGCAGGUGUUUAAGCCUCGCACCCCUCCAGAGGCCAUCGCCCUGUGCUCGCGCCUGCUGGAGUACACCCCGGUCACGCGCUUCUCGCCCCUGGAGGCCUGCGCUCACGCCUUCUUCGACGAGCUGCGCCAGCCCAACGCCCGGCUGCCUAGCGGCCGAGAGCUGCCCCUGCUCUUCAACUUCAGCACCACCGGUCAGUACACCUUGUUGACCCCUGGCCUUUUGUGACCCAAAAGUGGUUGAUUCAAUUUAGGGAAUCAAUUGAAACUCCCAUUCAAGACCUGACCCCAACUUUGUUUUGUGACCCAUGCAUAUAUUCUGCUUUUCUUAUAUUUGUUUUUCUCUCCUAUCCUUCCAGAGCUGUCAAUCCAGCCCCAACUGAACUCCACCCUAAUUCCUCCUCAUGCCCGCGCACAGACCGCUUCAUCUGGUAUGACAGCCCCCCCCCCCCGGUCUCCAAACAUAGUCAUUGGCUACCCAUGUCACUUCAGUGCCUCACAGUGGAUAGAGUAGCUGUCAAUCAUUCAUUUCCAUAUCUGCACCUAGUGUCAUGGAGUAGUAAUUGGCUUGCAGACAUUCUAGGUUAGGUGGAGCUGUAGGCUAAAUCCAAAUGCAAUGAAGGGAAGAAAUGGAUAGUAAGAUGACUGCUUUUACAAAUGGCAAAAAUAAUGUCGCCUCCCUUAUCACUUUGACUAUUCUUUGCCCAUGUUUCUGGUCAUUGUAACGUUUCUGUAUAAGACAGCAGCCAGCCAAAGGGGCUCCAGCCUGAGAACCACACCUGUGUCUCUUUCUGCAUUAAUAACCACACCUUUGUGCAUUGUAAAUGUUUGUAGCCUUAAGGAGGUCCUCUAACUGGAAAUCUGGAGAAACAUUUUCUGAUCAGUUUUAGUGGAGGUCUUACUACGAUUAGCUGCGUAAUUGCAUAUGUUUACAGUUUAUUCAAUUAUAUCUCUCCUCUUCUCUACCACAUUCCUCUCUUUCCUCUAUCCCUCAGUAGAUGGCUCUGGGAUAGACGGCUCCUCUCAGCACAGUUCAGUACCCGGAUCACUCAACAACAGCACCUGAAACAUCCCUGCAAACCCUCUGUUUGUCUGCCAGCCCGACCACACACACACACACACUGUAUUGCUUAUUUCUCCCUCGCUGCUUGUUAUUUCUCCCCAUUGGUUACAAACAUCCCUUUUUGUACUGUACAUACAUUGAACAAACCAUUCAUACAGUUAGAGAGUAUCAUUAGCUGACAAGGUAGUUUUGUUACAUUCUAUUGAAACUAGAUCAGCUCUACAGGCAGAGAGUUGGACACACACACACACACACAAACACACACACACACACACACUUAUGUACUGACGACACCUUAAGUAUUAUUCCACUCCCUCACUGCAUCUCCUUUGGCCCAGCUGUCUCGUUCUCUCUAUGCCUGUUUAUAACACUCAUGUUCCUGCUGUUGGGGGUGGCAUUUGAAGGUUCACUAGGUGGGGCAGGUCCUCUGUAUAAUAAUUGUUUUUUUAAUCAAGGUUUUUUGUUGUCUUUUUAUUCUAAUGUUUAUUUAUUUGACUGAAGACUUCAUGAAGAGUUCUGCCACCACCACACACAAAGUAAACAGGAGUUUGUCUCUAGAAGCUAAUUGAGGUGCUUCCCAGUUAGAAUAAUUUGGUUGCAUUGUAGACAAAUGGGAUAAUAUGGUUCUGGUUGCAAGAUGGAGGGAGGAAGAGGCUGUGGUUUUUAUACUUUUUAUAAAAUUAUAUUUAAAAAGAUGAAAUGCCAGCUGCUUUUUUAUUUUACUUGUAAAUGUAUUUAUAAUUUUUUAAUUUGCUUCGAAGGCACUGUGAAUUUUUACAUGGAAAGGGGCGUUCAAGUUAUAAUUGGUAGCCAUACUUGCUAGCAAAUUCCCAGUGUGUGUGUGUUCUUUGAGGACCUGAAGGAAAGGUUUUGACAGAUGGUGAGGGUGGUGGUGUUUGUGUGGAAACGGAGACAUCCAUGAUUCACAUCUAUGUAGCAGCAUCUCUCCCACUGACAGUCCCAAACUGAGCCCCCCUUUACUGUCAAUGGGAAGACAAUCAAAUACAGGAAUCAAGGUCCUAUGGAUGGUUAAGACUGCUGAGGUAGUGAAAUGUCGCCUUCCUAUUGGCUUCAAUAUAUGGCAUACCAUAAAUAUCUUGUAUGGUGAGGUUACAUGUUUGAUUUCAAAAUCAGGUUCUGGCUAAUUUGGCACUCAUGCAUUCAUAGCAUGAACUCUUCAGAACUCCUGAUUUGUAAGAGGGACCUUUUUUUGAAAUGAUAUACACGCCGUGAAUAAAGUGGACUUCCUGCAGCACACUUGUAAGAAUCUUUGUCAGUGUUCCACCCAUCUAGAGGACAAAGGAAUUAUCAAAUAUGGGUUCAGCCAUAUGGACAUAAAUAUAUCCUAUGGAGUAAUUGACUCCAGUUUGGACUUUGAAACAGACCAUGAUUCCAGUUACGUUCUAUUCAUUCUCAAAUGGGAGUCAAGUUCGUGUGUGUGAAGACGUAUACUCUGUUACUGGUGUAGUAUGGCGGAUAGCGAGUUCAUAGUAGUUCUACAGUCUAUGUGCUUGUGGGAGUGAAUGAGAAAUUGAAGUGGGUGGGGGAAUGGCUGAGUAUUUGUGUGUGAUGAUAAUGUGUGUUGUUCAUGUGAAUAAUUGUACUCCAAUCCAAUCUGCACCGUUUAAAAAGCCAGUGUUGUAGGUUUAGAUCAGUUCUCAGUACUGACCACUUGAAAGCUUUCUAGUGCAAGAGUCUUAUGAUAUUGUACCAACUCUACCACCCCCUUGUAUAAACAACCCUCAUGUGCUGACAUAGAUUUAAAUAACACAUUUUUCCUCCCUUUCUCUCUGAAGCCAUCUUCUUCCUAGCCCGGAAUCCCAACUGAUUUGCGUGAAAUGGAGCAUAUCGUUUUGGAUUCCGGUUUCUUCCUGCCCUGUAAAUAUCACCUUUUUAUUUCUUUCUCAUUCUUUUUAUUACAGUGUUUUUUCUUUUCCGUUACCUGUUGAAGCCGGUCUUGACAGACCAGUUUCAUUUCCAUUCAAUAGUCUGUAAAUACAAUUAGUUUAAAUGUCCUGAUUUCAAGAUGUAAAUAACCCCCCCAAAACAAGUUCCAAUUUUUUCUCAGUUUGUUGAUGUCUCUCUCUCUCUCCAUCUCUCUCUGGUUGUGUGCCCCUAUAACGUGAUUGUACUGUAUCUCAACGCUUUAUUUAUUACUCACUUGGUGUUCUGGUGUAGGGAGAGGUUGAGGCACCGACUGUUUUGUGGGCAUUAUGUAAAAUGUUCCAGUAUACAAGUACUGUACUUGGCACCCACAACAUUGGUAUUUUUUUAAUAGGGAAAAACACUGUAAGUGUUUGGUUGGACAUAUCAGAAUUUGUUCAGACUAUAUCUGUGGUAAGAUUCCAACUAAUACAUUUCCCUGGUCUGAAUUAUUUUUAACCUUAAGUCACCUAUGUACUGACCUUUGACAGGGAAAUGUGAUAGUGGGCUAUUUGAGUUUACCAGACAACCAUUUGGCCAAUGCACUGCCCCUGUACCCAUUCAUUACAAUGGGCACCUAAUGUAAGAUAUUUAAAGUGUGUGAAAGUGCCAUGUUGUGAUGCAGAGAAGCCAUAAUACCUUUAUUUACCCACUGAAUGUGAAGGGUAAACCUGAGGGCCAUGAUGGCGACACAGGGUCAGAUGGUGCAGCCAGCCUCCCUCCCUUGACAAUGCCUACGCCCAUCACGGACAAUUCCGACUUCUGCUGUGUUCAAAAUGUCAGCCAUGGACAAAAUGCAGCGACUGCAGUAUGAGCCAGUUAUCAACCCCCUCCCUCCUGUUCUGUGUGUGUUGAUGUACAUGCCUAUCUGUUGGUUUCAUAACUCAGCAGUAUCAGGCUACUAGCCAAUUAUCCUAUAAGUACCAUGUUUUGUGUAUCUCCAUGUGUAUAGCAAACCAAGUGAGGUCACUUUAAUAACGUUCUGUGAGUAAAACUUGUAUCAAUAAUUUGUCAUUCCAAUCCUGUUUCUAUUGCGUCAUCCUGGCCAGGAGACCUGGAGUUUUUGGGAUGAUGGAGGGAGGAGAGUGAAGGAGGGAGAGAACCCAAUUGUUUGUCUGUAUGAAAUGAGCUCAUUUAAUAAAGUGAUAACUCCUGUGAACCCAUGUUGUUACUGUGUCAGACUGAGUAACAUGUUAGAAAUAUCACUUUCACAUUUCACCCUUUGGUCAUUUUUGAUGAAAGAACAAACAUAUCCUACAAAUCCAGAAGUAUUGAUUGCUAAUAGUCACACAGCAGCUCCAAUGGAAGUUUAUUUCUGCAUAUUUAUCAUUAUCAGUUCAUUAUUUUUCAUCAACAACACAAGUGCAGAGACCAGCAAUCCAACAGUGUUUCUAUGGAAUCAUCCUCAACAGCCACUUACAUCUGAAUCUUUCUACAACCUUGACUCCGGGGUAGACGUAAUUGGUUUUUGAGGUCCUCCUGUUGGCUGCAGUUACAAUUAGCGGUUUUAAAGCAAAUUCCCUGCAAUUCUACACAUCUUGCCAUGGGGCUGAGAGAAUUUGCUGUUUUAAAGUUUAUUUACUGCAAUGAUAUCUGAGUGUGUCAAACAUAACAAAAUCCAUUGAGGCCUCAUGCCAUGACAAAAAUACUCAGAAUGCAUAAUAGCUUUUAGUUUAGUAAUUGUUAGUUCCCAAAUAUUAUCUUAUUUAAGUUAUCUUGUCUACAUACUUUAUAUCUGGUUUUAGACGUUUUAAGUUUACACUGAAAACAUUUUCCAUCCCAAUUUUUUUUAUUUCUAAAAUAAAAUGGAUACAGUGCUGUGAAAAAGUAUUUGCCCCCUUUCAAAUGUUCUUAACAUUCAGUAUGAAAAAUAUGCAAAAGUUAUCAGGUCUUUAACCAAAACCUAAUAUUAGAUAAAGAGAACCUGAGUGAACGAAUAACACAACAAUUACAUACUUAAUUCAUAAACCAAGUUAUGCAACACUCAAUGCCCCUGUGUGAAAAAGUAAUUGCAAUGACUCCAACCACUUCCUGUAGUUGUUGAUCAAUCUCACGUCACUGUGGAGGAAAUUUGGCCCACUCUUCCAUGCAGAACUGCUUUAACUCAGUGACAUUUGGGGGUUUUCAAGCAUGAACUGCUUGUUUCAAAUCCUGCCACAACAUCUCAGUUGGGAAUAGGUCUGGACUUUGACUAGGCCAUUCCAAAACUUCAAAUGUGUUUCUUUUUAGCCAUUUUCAUGUAGACUUGAUUGUGUGUUUUGGAUCAUUGUCUUGCUGCAUGACCCAGCUACGCUUCAGCUUCAGCUCACAAACAGAUGAACUGACAUUCUCCUGUAGAAUUCUCUGAUACAGAGCAGAAUUCAGGGUUCCUUCUAUUAAGGCAAGUCGUCCAGGUCCUGAGGCAGCAAAGCAUCCCCAAACCAUCACACUACCACCACCAUGCUUGACUGUUGUUAGUCUGGAUUGCAGUGUUUGGUUUUCGCCAGGCAUAAUGGGACCCAUGUCGUCCAAAAAGUUAUACUUUUGACUCAACUGUCCAUAGAACAUUCUUCAAAGAGUCUUGAUGAUCUUCCAGGUGCUUUUUGACAAAGUUGAGUCAACUUUUUGGACGAGAUGGGUUUAUUUUUAAAUUUAAUUUUCCGUACUGUUUGGACAUAAGGGUGCCCGAAAGAAAACACUUAGGUGGCCCGCCCAAGACUUUUCUUUGCAGAAAAAACCCUGGGUAUGUAUUAAUUUAUGGGUGUCCUUCACACAUUUCGUAUGAUAUGUUACGAAUUCUAAUUAGCUAGGUCGCUAACGUUAGCUAGGUUAAGGUUAUUGUUAGAAUGCUUUGUUAUUGUUUCGAUUGCUGAUUGCCCCUUUAAGGUAUUUUUGUUGCAAUUCUAAUUGAAUACCACGUAAAUUCUCCACUUCAUAAGUGAUGUACCCUCCAAGCUCAUCAUUAAGCUCGGGGCCCUCGGUCUGAACCCCGCCCUGUGCAACUGGGUCCAGGACUUCCUGACGGGCCGCCCCCAGGUGGUGAAGGUAAGAAACAACACCUCCACUAAGUUGAUCCUCAACACAAAGGAGCUGAUCGUGGACUUCAGGAGACAGAGGUAGCACGCCCCCAUCCACAUCGACAGGACCAGUUCUUGUUUCAGAGCCUUUGCUGGAGAAAAACACUGCGAAAAAAGCAUAGUUAGCUGCACUUGUUUUGAAUUUGGCCAGUAUGAUAGUAACUUUUUCACACUGCUGAGAUGAGUCGAACUGCACUGGGCUGGCCUGGUUACAAAUCCACCAUAGUUGCUGGAACUGUGCUGGGAAAGGCAAUGUGAAAAGAAGAUAUCUGAGCCAGCACAUUAUAGUUUGGGUCGGCAAAGUGUAUAGAACAGUCCUAUGAACAUUGCAAAGGCAGCUUUGAUUUCAUGUGUUUUCUUGUCUUUAACUGUAUACUCUAUAGAGCCCAUUGAGAAGACAAUGGACUUUGAGCAGGCUUUGCAUCUGGGUAAUUGUAGUUUUUAAACUCUGUCUAUGAAACUUAUGUCAGUCGAUUCAUCUGCAGCACCACUAGGUAGACACCUCUCACAGGUUGAUACUUCUACUAAUCAGAAUAAGAAUUGUGUGCAGGGGCGGUUGUUUGUGAACAACAUUGCUAUGACUGGUCCAUUUGAAUUCCUGCCUGUCUGUCCUUCUUCCAGGAGCUAAGGUGGCAGAGGAGGCCGUAGCGGCAGCAGAGAACAGGAACCAAUGCCCCACAGGCUGGUUCCAACUUGGAUCGCGCUGCUUCAAGUACAUCGAGAAUGCAAGGACAUGGCCCCUAGCAGAGGUAUCAUGGUUACUCUCUACUGUGAAUUAAAGGGAAAGUUUAAUCGAAAUCAGCUCGCUUAUUUGGUUCGAGGUUACCCUUAAAGGUGAUUUGCCCUUUUUUUUUUUGAGGCACUGCAUGCGUCAUGUAAAAUACUGAAUCUCCCCUUUAAGUUAGUUUUAUUGGAAUUUUCUUUAAGCGUGGAAUAUUUAUUGAUAUAUUUAUAUUAUGUAAGGCCUACUGUAUAUUGGAACCCACAGGACAUUGGUUAAGACAGAGAUCAUCUAAUAUAUCUAAGAGCAUUUUUAAAGAGCAUUAAUUGCGAUGGACAAUAUUUGAUUGUGAGAGUCCAGAAGAUAAGUUAUCACAGACUGGACUACUGACUAAUACUUACAUUAUGAAAUGUCUUUGUCCCUGUCUACCUCUCACUGUAGCGCCACUAUGUGUCCCUUGGAGCAAACCUGGUGUCUGUGCACAGCUCUGCGGAGGAUCAGUUUCUACAGGUUGUGGUGGGGUGCAAGGCUGGCGGUUUCUCUCCUACCUGGAUUGGAGGAUUUUAUGCUGUUCAGGUGGAGUAUACUCACAGAUCAACAGUAUCUUUGGUAUACUCAUCAAUAUCUCAAGGGUCACUGGUAAAGUCAGAUCUAGGUUUGGAAGAUCUUAUAGAUGUGCUAAAAAAACAACAACAACACUGCAGUAUCCACUGGCACACUAUUAUAAUAAUAAUAAUAAUAAUAGUAAUAUGGGAUUGCUUUGAUACUGAGACCUCACUUCUUCACCACAGGACAGGCUAUGGUUUUGGAGUGACGGCUCCAAAUUUGAUUACCAGAACUGGAAGAAAGGAGAGCCCAAUAAUAGCGGUGGCAGAGAGCCAUGUAUGGUGAUGAACUGGGGAGGUACAGUAGGCCCACUAUCAUUCACUGAUACAUUCAUCAAAUUAAACUUUAUUCAUAGUACAUUUAACAAAUAAAACUGACACACACACCACACACCGCAAACACACUAUUAUAUUGUUGUGUGAACAUCUGAGAUUAUUUGAGAGGUAAUUUCUGUUCUGUUUCCUUUUAAAAUGAAUACUGCUGGAACGAUAUAAACUGUGGAAACAGCUUUCCCUCUGUGUGCUCCAAAAUAAUCUGUGAAAUCCAGAGAAACUGAAACCAUAAAUGCUACUCCAUAGUGUCAGCAUCCAACUGAACACUUUUUAUGGUAAAGUCAAAUAUUUAGUAAAGUUUAUUUGUUGCUGUAAAUUGUAAAUUGAGUUAGUUGUUGUUCAUAAAUGUUGAGUAAUGGUUUUGUUGUUUAUAUUUAAAAGGGUUUUUGUCUAGUAUGUCAUUCAACUAUGAACCAUACAUUUAUUUUUUUAAUCUCCCAGACAGGAUUGGCAUAUUGACACCCAAAAAUAACCCCCCACUUAUUGAGUUUGUUGAUGGGUUCUAAUUGGUCUACGUCGGCCAUUUUUGGUCUCCUCAGGUUGUACAUGUACCAGCUGUUUCGCAGCCUGGCCUAUAUCCAUUCCCAGGGUGUCUGCCACCGAGACAUCAAACCCCCCAGAACCUGCUAGUGGACCCUGAAACUGCCAUCCUAAAGCUCUGUGACUUUGGAGGUAAGCUGGUCAGGUAUUUCCCAUUUCCCUCGACACAGACAUUGUGUUUAAUAUACUAUUGAAACGAUAUGACUGACUGGUACCGAGUAUUGAAGUAAACCUGGGUCAUAUGUGUCCUGACUGAAUGUGUUGAAUAAAUGGGCUCAACCAGACCACAAUGUGAAAUGGAUCUAUGCCCUUCCUUGAAUGGGGUUCUGUAACAUGAUCCAGUUGUCCUUAGUUACAAUCUCCUACUCACACCCUUUUCAUGUGUAUUUUGCCCGUAGUACAUCCAUUGCUUGUUACUGUGCAGGACACAGGGCUGCUUUCUAUAGAAAGUAUACACUGAACUUCUUAAUUGUAAAUCAAUAAGUAUAAAUCUCAUGAAGAUAUUUACUUCAGCAUUAAAAAAGAAUUUACACUGAUGAGACGUGUGAGCCCCACCCCUCAUUCAUCGGUUUAUCAAGCGCUGUAUACAACAGUUUCCACCAAAUGUCAAAGGGUAGUGUGGUCAGGUGGUCUCAAGGAGACGCCAAAGAGUCAGGUAUAAUCCCAUACCACAUGGUUAGACCUGCAUGGCUCAGGAUUAGCCUCUACUGCUGAGCAUCUACUGCUUAUCUUACCAGUGAAAACUGUUGCAGUGGUUAGAGAUGGAAGUAUUGUAAGAGACUGUAUUAGCAUAACCUAGACUUGGCUUAGAAGACUGUAGUAGCUUAAGCUAGUUUUAUUUUAGAAAACAAAAAUCUGUAACAAACAGAGUGGACUGCGUUUUGUAGACUUUACCCUUUGCCAAAGUUUCCCCCCAAAACGGUGUUGUUUAGAAGGAGUGUUUAGGGCGAAAUGAGUUAUUGCAGACACGCACUUCACAGAGUAAGUGUUCCCUAACGCAAAUAUGCAAAUAAAUGCUCGAAAACACCAAUAGGAUCUCACUAGCUCGUGCUUGGCUCUGCCCACCUCCUUCCUUGUCUUCCCACUAUGAUUAAUUUGCUCCCACUGGAAACGACAGGCUCUGGUCUAUCUUGGGUUAGUUAUACAAAUCUUUGGUAUUAACCUAACCUAGACUUAGCUUGGAGGACUGUAUUAGCCUAACCUAGACUUGGUUGGAGGACUGUAUUAGCCUAACCUAGACUUAGCUUAGAAGACUGUAUUAGCCUAACCUAGACUUAGCUUGGAGGCCUGAAUUUAGCAUAACCUAGACUUAGCUUGGAGGACUCUAUUAGCCUAACCUAGACUUUAGCUUAGAGGACUCUAUUAGCCUAACCUAGACUUAGCUUGGAGGGACUGUAUUAGCAUAACCUAGACUUAGCUUGGAGGACUGUAUUAGCCUAACCUAGACUUAGCUUGGAGGACUGUAUUAGCCUAACCUAGACUUAGCUUGGAGGACUGUAUUAGCAUAACCUAGACUUAGCUUGGAGGACUCUAUUAGCCUAACCUAGACUUAGCUUAGAAAGACUGUAUUAACCUAGACUUAGCUUGGAGGACUGUAUUAGCCUAACCUAGACUUAGAUGGAGGACUAUAUUAGCCUAACCUAGACUUCGCUUGGAGGACUGUAUUAGCCUACCUAGACUUAGCUUAGAAGACUGUAUUAACCUAGACUUAGCUUAGAAGACUGUAUUAGUCUAACCUUCAACCUCUGCGGUUUACCCCUACCAUCAGCGCUAAGCAGCUGAUUCGUGGGGAGCCCAAUGUGUCGUACAUCUGCUCGCGGUACUACCGCGCCCCAGAGCUCAUCUUCGGCGCCCACCGACUACACGGCCAACAUCGACAUCUGGUCGGCGGGCUGCGUGUUGGCCGAACUGCUACUGGGACAGCCCAUCUUCCCUGGGGACAGUGGAGUGGACCAGCUAGUGGAGAUCAUCAAGGUGAGUAAAUAGGAAGAAUGUCUGUUUGUAUAUGGUUUACACUACAGGGACAAAAUACCUGACAUUCUGAUUGCAUACAAACAUUAGGAGGACAUUUGGCUUAUGAGGAUAUUUUGUGUGAGUGGUGGGGGAAAGCUAGGGGAGUAAUAAUCAGUGACGUGGAGAAAAACAAAAUAACAACCAUUGUACACUGCUAACUGUAUACUUGUAUGUCUGCUACUUAGGUUUUGGGAACUCCGACGCGGGAACAGAUCCGAGAAAUGAACCCCAACUACACAGAGUUCAAAUUCCCCCAAAUCAAAGCACAUCCCUGGUCAAAGGUAAAUGGUUAUCAAAAACAUUUUGUUAUAUUUUUGGCUUUCAAGUAAUGUCUUUCUUUUUUAUGAAACUGUUUCAUGUUGUGUGUACUUGUACCUCCUCUCGCAGGUGUUUAAGCCUCGCACCCCUCCAGAGGCCAUCGCCCUGUGCUCGCGCCUGCUGGAGUACACCCCGGUCACGCGCUUCUCGCCCCUGGAGGCCUGCGCUCACGCCUUCUUCGACGAGCUGCGCCAGCCCAACGCCCGGCUGCCUAGCGGCCGAGAGCUGCCCCUGCUCUUCAACUUCAGCACCACCGGUCAGUACACCUUGUUGACCCC